AUGUGGGGUUGUGUCAUGUUUGCAAAGAGAGAACCCCCGCCUUUGCCCAAAGAAAAAAAAAAUAGGAGCGAGGAGGUGGCUCGGGAGCGGCCCGGAGGAGCUGGCGGCAGCCCGAGGAGCGAGGGACCGAGCCGGGAGCCAUGCCGCGCUGAGGGGGGGCCGCACAGCCGCCGCCGCCACCGCCACCACCCCCGCCGCCGGGUGGGGUGGGAGGGGCGGGAGCCGCCGCCGCCGCCACCUCCCGGGUGGGCGCCCUUCGCCGUGGACGCCGGCGGCCCGGGACGAGGUAAGGAGGGCCCCGGGGGAGGGCUGGGGCGCCGCCGCCCCCGCCUCACCUGCGGCCGCGAGCUGGGGGCGCCGCCGCGCCCGCGCCUCACUGCGCCACUCCGGGAGGAGGAGGAGGGCGAAGGACACGGAGUCGGCAUCCGAGGACAUCUUUGGUCCGUGUCCCCGACCGGGUGUCCCCGCUCGGCGCCCGGGGGUGGGCCCCCCAGCCCCGGGGGUCUCCGCCCUGCGGCCCCCCGCCAGCCGAUCGCGCCGCUGGCCGCCGUUUGCGCGAGGAUAUUUGUUGUUGUGAUGCGAGUUGAUGAAUGCGAAGUGUUCCGGGCUCCUGCACCCGAGCCCGGUGGGUGCGAGCGCUGGGGCGCCGGCGACACCGGGCAGAGCGCGCGCGCGCCGCGGGGACACUACGGCCGGAUUCCCGGGGCCGGGAGUCCGAGCGCGCCAGGAUGCAGCGAGACGAUGCGCCUGCGGGGGCCGGGCCGCGGGGGGUGGGGGGUCGGGGCCGGGCCAGUCGGGGUGUGCGGCCCGGGGCCCGACCGGGCGCGGCCCCAGUCGGCGGGGAGGCCCGCGCGGCGCCCCCGGGCGCAAGUGAAAGCCGGGAAGGAGGCGAAGUUGGAACCCUUUUGUUUUGCCGGCCCCGCAUUGUUGGCCGCUCCGGGCAGCCCGGCCCCAUCUGCCGCCUCGCGGGGGCCCGGCCCGCCAAAGUCGCGGGCUGAGCGGGCGGCCGGGGCGGGCGGGCGGGCGCGAGCGGGGGCCGGGCCGGCCGGGCGUUUCCUCCGCCGGGCCGCGCUCCGCGGGCACCACUUCCUCCUCGCCCUCCGCCGCCAACGCCGCCGCCCGCCGCGAGCCCGGCCCUCCCGCCUUUCCCCGCCCGGGCCGCACUUUUCGGGUGGGUCGGACCAAAAGAAAAAGUUUAGCAGAAGGGGCAGGAUGAGGGCGCGCCCAGGGCGGCGGCGGCGGGCGGCGGGGACCCGGCGCGGCGCGGGGACAGUCGGGGCGCCGUGGCCGCCGCCGCCUCCGCGGCGCAGGACGGACUGCGCGGCCGAGGGGAAGCGCCUUUCUUUCUCUCCCGGGCGUUCUCCCCAGCGCCCCGGGGCGAGUCGGGGAGAGGCGCGCGGGAGUCGAGGCGCGCCGCGGCCUUUCUCCCGGCGCGGGGCCGGCGGCGUGGCCGGCCGCCCGCAGCCCCACGCCGCGCCUCGCGCUCGGAGGCCGCGGGCCGGGGAGCUCGGCGCGGUCACCGCCGGCCGCGCCGAGACCCACAGGCGCGCUCACACUCCCUCCGGUGGCUCGCUCCCUGCACGGAGACGAUGGUCGCGGACGUGGAGUCUGCGUGUGCGCGCGGUGCGUGCGGUUUUUCCCCGCGAGUACUUUUUUCCGGAGGCAGCCCAAGCUUGCGUUGGCUCCAGGGAUCCCCCGCGUUUGGUGGUGUACAGGAGAGACGAGGACUUUCUCGUAGAAACCCCCUCUGCGUGCUCUGGUGAGAGGCAGCUGGCGGUGGCCUACGUCGUCAUGCCUGACUUCCUUGCCCUGUCCGGCGCGCGGGGUGGGGGGGGCUUGCCCGGCCCGGCGAGGCCGGCUUUCGGCCUCCCGCUCGCCUUUCCAUCCGGAGAGGGCCGUGGGGACUGGGGCAGGCCGGCCCGCCGGCCCUGGCUGCGCUGUGCUUGGAAGGGGCCCUGCUGCGUUUCACGGGCCGAGAACCGGGGUGCGCCUCCGUCCUGCCAGCAGGGUGGGCCGUCCGUGCUGCUGGGGUUUCAGGGCCCCAAACCCGCGGGCGAGACCCCCCCUGCGUCCUGGGGGCCCGCGGACCCCGCAGCUCCGCCCCACCUCGGUGCACCUGGCGGCCCCGCCCCUGGGAUUCUGGUGCACCUGGUGACUCCGCCCCUCUCCCUGGUGUACCUGGAGGCCCCGCCCCCGGGGGCUGGAGUACCUGGUGGCUCCGCCCCUCUUCCUGGUGUACAUGGAGGCCCCGCCCCCCAGAGGCUGGAGUACCUGGUGGCUCCACCCCACCUCGGUGCACCUGGUGGCUCCGCCCCCCGGAGGCUGGGCAGCCCGCAGGUGCACCUGGCGGGGGCCCCCUCCCCUCCCCACCCAAGGCCGGUGUGCCUGGCGGGCCCGGCCCUCCCCAAGCCCCCUCCCCGCCCCCAGCCCAGAGUACCUGUCCCCGCCGGAAACGCUGCCUCCUGCGGCCACCGUGCUGGCCUUGCCUUUUCACUUGUAAAUGGAGCGGCUCCCCGCCGCGGGAAGUCGUUGAGAGCUGAUAGAAAUGGACCCGGCCCCCCGGUGCCCACUUCCUCCCGCCUCCGCUGCCGCCGGCCUUUGUGCGGGGCGCUCCUCGCUGACCGGACCCGGGAAGGAGACCGCGCGGGACGCCGAGGCGGCCUGGAACCCGCGGACCCGGCCCAGCGGAACCAGGGAUGGUGGCGGGAGGCGAGCAGGCAGAUCGCCGCCGCGCUGCGGCCUGGGCAGCCUGGGAUCCGCCCCCUGGGCGGUGUUUGCAGAGGCCCAUCCGGCCGACAGAAUCUGGGCAUUUUACUUGUACCAGUGGAGCGGUAG